AGAAGAUUAGAUAAGGAGCAUGGAUAAAUUAUAAACAGAACAAUAAUAGUAAUAUGUAGGUCCGAAUACAAUACAACCGACUCAAAGUCAAUAAUUAAGUUGGAAUGAAGCUUUGGCGUUGUUACCUCCUCUACCAGAUAGAAUGACAAUUUUGCAUACAUUAUAAACUGAAUCUCCUUGUUUUUAAUUAUGCGGAGGAAGAUUCUAUGAAGAAUCAAUCAUUGAUAUAUUAGCUAUAGGUAAACUAUCUUGGAAGAUUGACUUUCAAAUGCCUUCAUGUUGUUGUGCUAAUAAUGGUGCUUCAUUAUUAAAAGGUUUGUUAAAUUUAUUCCCCACAAGAAAACCACCAUCUUUCUAGCUUGAAUAAGGUUAACCUGUUUUCUAAUGUUGUUGUAGAUGUGAUAAUUAUCAUUAAUUUUCAGGAACUUCCUAUUAUUUAGAGAAUGAAUUGAUUAAUUUUGAAUUUAAAAAUUAUGGUAGAUUAUAUAUAUAAGGGGUUUUGAUGUUAGAAUUUCAACAAUGUCAAAAAGCUUUUGAAGAUGUAUUCUAUGCAUCUGAAAAUUCAACCAUGCCUUAAAUGUUGGUAUACUAACCAUACCAUAGAUCAAAUUAUUAGAUACGUUUUAAAGCUGAAAAAAAUAAAUGUCCUCAACAUCCUUAUUCAUUUAGAGGCUAUUGGUCCUGUUGCGAUUGUAGUAGAUUGGAAAGAAAAUUUGAAAUUUCUGGCCUAUCUUAAGGAACUUGUGAAAUUAUAAAUACAAGAACAUCAAAAUAAGCAUGCUAUAAAGCAUGUGGUUGCAAAGAUGUUUAUAGAUGUGAUUCUUGUAGAUAUGCUGAUUAUCCAUUUUUCGAUAUAACUUUUAACAAUGUCACUUAAAUAGAUAGAUUAGCUAUAAUUAUGUGUUUAAUUCAUUUUAUUAUGUAUAAUGAAUGGGAAUGGACUAAUUAUUAUGGAAUAUAAUUGAGUACUCAAAUUGAUAGGGCUUUAAGAUUGGCAGUAUAAUAAGAGAAGGAAAAAUCUUCAUGUUCCAUUUUUUGAUUAUUUG